CGCCUGUGCGAGGCUCGCGCCCAGGCCGCCGCCGCCGCCCUGUCAGGCGACUCCGAGCCCGAACCUGACGCGGCCCCUGAUGUCGAAGGGAGCAGCGACUCGGAGGUCGACGAGGACCUGGAAGUUCCGUGUCCCAGCAGAUACAACAGACGAGUAUCAGUCUCUGCAGAGGCUUAUAACCCUGAUGAGGAAGAAGAUACCGAUCCGCGGGUGAUUAAUCCUAAAACUGAUGAACAGAGAUGCAGACUUCAGGAAGCUUGCAAAGAUAUUCUUCUUUUCAAAAAUCUUGAUCAGGAACAGCUUUCUCAAGUCCUGGAUGCCAUGUUUGAAAGGACAGUCAAAGUGGAUGAGCAUGUCAUUGACCAAGGAGAUGAUGGAGACAACUUUUAUGUCAUAGAAAGGGGAACCUAUGACAUUUUAGUAACAAAAGAUAAUCAACUGCGUUCUGUUGGUCAGUAUGCCAACCGUGGCAGUUUUGGAGAACUAGCCCUGAUGUACAAUACACCGAGGGCUGCCACCAUCAUUGCCACCUCUGAAGGCUCCUUGUGGGGAUUGGACCGGGUGACUUUUAGAAGAAUCAUAGUGAAAAACAAUGCAAAAAAGAGGAAGAUGUUCGAAUCAUUUAUUGAGUCUGUGCCACUCCUUAAGUCAUUAGAGGUGUCAGAACGAAUGAAAAUUGUGGAUGUGAUAGGAGAAAAGAAUUACGAGGACGGAGAGCGCAUAAUCACUCAGGGUGAUAAGGCUGACAGCUUUUACAUCAUCGAGUCUGGCGAAGUGCGCGUCAUGAUUAAGAGCAAAACUAAAACAAACAAGGAUGCUGGGAUCCAGGAGGCUGAGAUUGCCCGCUGCCACAAGGGGCAGUACUUUGGAGAGCUUGCACUGGUCACCAACAAACCUAGAGCUGCUUCGGUUUAUGCAGUUGGAAAUGUCACCUGCUUAGUUAUGGAUGUUCAAGCAUUUGAGAGACUUCUGGGGCCCUGCAUGGACAUUAUGAAGAGGAACAUCUCACACUAUGAAGAACAGCUAGUGAAGAUGUUUGGCUCCAGCUUGGAUCUGACCGACCCUGGACAAUAAAUAGAUAUGCCACAUCCCAGAGCCUUCUCAGUGUAACACCAGACCUUUCUGGUGAGCCGCAGAA